UUGACUGAAGAAUCCAUCCUUGCCAUUUUCGCGUCAGCAUCGGCUUGAUAGUUUUGCAGUCUGCUGUUGAUCUAUUCACUGACAAUAAAUCCAAAUUCAUGUCCAUCACUGAUGCAUGACGACAUGUAUCAUUCACAGCUUUGUGAUCCAUCAAGUUAAACAAACACCCUUUGACCUUUUCAAGUUGUCCUUUACUUUAAUCAGAUAUCAGAAUUCCAGACCAGUGUUAACGAUUAAAGGAAGUACAGUUCAGGAAACUGAUCCUAGUUCAGCAAAAAAAGGACAACUUAUAGUCAAGCAGAGGGGAAGUACUCAGCAGUUGGCUCCAUCAGGCAAUAAUACAAAGUUAAUGACGCAGAAUGGUGUCUUUCUUCAGCCCUUGGAGAUGUCAAUACAGGAUGUUUAGGAACGGUGUUCCUAAUUACGAUUUUUAUAUCCAGCUCUGGCAUGAUUGACGAUUUUGGUGGGGAUGUAUUAUCGAUCCACUUCACAGACAAGUCAUAUUGAUUGCAGUUCUAGAUUGAGUAUGAAUUUUUUUUUUUGUCCUCCUCCUCCUCCUCCUCCUCCUCGCCCACUUUCUCUCUCACCAAUCAGAGCAGGAAUUUAGAUUCGGGGCAGCCAAAUGUGACCUGUGAGUGUUUUUUUUUUAAAUUAUCCCUCUAAAAGCUUGCUGAUGAGGGCACCACAAAGGAUGUACCAGCUGUGUGGCUUUGUGCGCUGGGCAGCAAUCACGCGUAAUGGAUCAGAGCGAGAAUGCACUGUCUGAGGCCCUGCGCUCCUGUCCCUGGCGUUCGGCGUUUCAUCAACUCUGUUGUUCCUCCUCCCCUGCAGCAAGGUUGAAAAAUGGCACAGGAACAGCAGGUUGCUUCUAGUCUGAUGGGUGUGCAUGUGUGUGUGUGUGAGAGAGAGAAAGAGAUUGUGUGUGUGUGUUUGUCUCUCGCAGCCGGGAAGAGGAGAAGAGGUCUGUUGAAAUAUCUGACAUGACAGCAGUUUCUGUGCACCCACAGCUCCUAAAUGACAAUGACACCAACAGCAACAGAAGCAGCGGCAGCACGGACUGCAGGGCUCAGCCAGCUAUUGUUCAUCUCAAAUUGCUGCUCUCUUUUGUCAAGACGAGCAUUUUUCCUGCCUUGAUCCAAUGCCUAGGCAUGCACUAAAUCACACUCAUAUUGGUGACUCUCUACUGGAAAGGCUUUUUGUCCUAGCACAAGGCUCAUAAAGUAUACUAGAGUUUUACUUUACACAACCACAACAAAUUUUACUGGGUCAGAGGGGUUUUUUUGUUUGUUUGUUUUUUACAAGAAAUGCCAUGGCAUUUGUGACCUUUUUUUUUUCUUUUUUCCUUUUCUUUCUGAAAGAUAGUUUUAAAACUAUGAGAUGAUUAUGCAGGCCCCUAAUAUAGUGCUUUUGAGAAGGAGCGAGGGAGAGAAAUGUGUUGAAAAUGUUAAUAAAAGUUCACCAAAAAAAACUAUUUUUGUAUUCAUAAGCUAUUUUUGUAUGGAGUGGCUAUGUGGAGAAAGUUCUAGGGAGGAGAAAUUGUGUGUGUGUGUGUGUGUGUGUGUGUGUUUAUAUGUGGACCUUUCAGAUUUGGUACAUGUGGCUUUAAUUAUGAUUAUUUUAAUUGUAUUUUAUUUAAGUAUUUUUCACAAUUCAUAAAUUUUCGCAUAUAAUUUUUUAAAUUUCAUUAUAAAUUAUUAUUAUUAUUUUUAAAGAAAUUAUUAAUUUAUUCUCACAUCAUUUGUAAAAGAUUCAUGAAGAUUCAAAUACAUGUGAUUUUUUUACAUGGUUCAUUUUCUGUGAAUUUUUUCACUAUUUAUUCGCACUUUCUUUUUUUUAAAUAAUUCAGCUAUUUAUCACGUGAUUUUUUGUUCACUGGUUAUUUUCUUAUCUUUCUUUCUUUUUUUUCUUUUCUUUUUUUUCAAAUAAUUAGUUUGUUUUUUUCUCAUGCAAUAUUUCCACUCUUUAUUUCCACAUGAUUUUUUUCAAACAAAAUUUUCACAUAUGAUUUUUUUACCCAUAAGAUAAAAAUUUUUUCACAUAAUUUUUAAAACAUUUUCCAUUCAUUUCCACAAUAUUUUUUUAUGCAUGAUUCAUUUUACAUGUAAUCUUUUUUUACAUAAUUGAUUUAUUUUCACUUAAUACUUUUACCCAUAAUUAAUUGAUUUUCAUGUGAUUCCCCCACAUCCAGUGAUUCAUUUAUCAUGAAAUCUGUGGGUUUAUUAUUCACAUACUAUUCAGAUGGUAUUACUUGAAUUCAAAUGUGCAAUUUCAGGUCAUAUAUUAAAAUGCAUUUUAACAUGUAUUUCACAUGUGAUCGCACAUCACUCGCAUACUCCUGUGUGACAAAAAAGGAUCAUGUGAUGAAUUGUUUUUGUUUUGAUCUUGUUGAUGUAUGUAUACCAUAGUCAGGGAGAGCAGAUGUGCUUUCCUUCUAGCCAUCAUAAACCUCAUACACAGUGUGGAAUACAUACCUUCAGUGGGAAGGAUGAAGGAUAUCAGGCGGCUUGCAAUCUGUCAUCUCACAUAAUGGAGAGUCUACAGCAACAAAGUAGAGACUCCAAGCAAAGCAAGCAAACAAAUAGGCAAAAGAAAAAAGUAGAACAGUGGAUCUAAGAGUAUAUAUACAUAUGAAGAGUGGUCAUGACAAAACCUUAUUUUGGUUAACAUUGUUUUUGCAUUUGUUUUAAUUGCACAUGGAUGCGUUGCUCACAGCCUCACAGCUACUGAGCUCAUUUUACUGUCUGUGUGAAAUUUCUACGUAGGUUCUUCUGGGUUCUCCAGUUUCCUCCCAUCUCCCCAAAACAUGCUAGGUGUCAUAGCUUUGCUAAUUUGCUCCUAGGUGUGUACUAUGUGUGUGUGUGUCUGUGUGUGUGCAUGGUGCCCGAUGUGCUGCUGUCCAAUUCAGCAUGUAUUCCUGACUCACAUCGAGUGUUCCUGGGAUAGCCUCUGGACACUGACCAGGAUAAAGAAGGUGAAUGAAUGCUAAAUUGCAAAAUAUGUCAAUCAGAACCGUUUUCAGUCAUGAAAGAUUUUUGUUUUGCAAUAUGCAUGCCACUGACGGCUUGCAAAUGUAUACUCAGGAUCCUUUUUCUAUGCUAUAAGACAGAGGUUUUUUUUUUGUUUUGUUUUUUUUAACUUAAAGGGUCGGAAUUGUUGCCCUGAAACACCCAAUUGAACACCCAUCAUGUAAAAGCCUAUAUUAUUUAGUCAUUAACUUUGUAACAUUGCGAAAUGGACAAACUACAAAAAAAAAAAACACAGUAUGGAUUCUUAAAUAGUAUAUAUGGGCCCGUGCAGGAUGUAACAGAAAUGUUUAUACGCAGUAAUUGUGCCAUGAUAUAAUAUGAUACGACUUGACUUUAAUUCCACUUGUCCACUAGGUGGCGCAUGCGCAUUAAGCUGUGCUUAGUUUCCGGUUCCUCUUUGCGCGCUCUUUGACAGAAGCAUCAUGGCUGCGCCCUGUGUGCAUGUGUACGCAAAGUUACACAGCCUAAUCAUCUUGCUUGUGUAAUGUGUUUCCAUGUACAUAGCUUACAAACAUUUUUUCGUGUCUGAAAACAGAGGGCGGUUGUAAAAACAUGGCUCUGCGCAUGUGCGAGUCGCUUUUGUGCAGGACUUUGCGCUUUUCUAGUCUCGCGGCAUCAGUGGAAACUGCGCCACUGCGUCUAAGGACAGCUCAUCAUGGCUGUGCGGUGAGGAACGCUGCGUUUCGCUUUGUUCCCACCUGUUUCAUCUCCACCGAGGCGUUUCUGGAGAGACUGCUGCAAGAACGUACACUCGGCUUUGCUGAGAAUCCUGCAGGCUCCCCUGCUCAUGCUGCUGUUCCACUGGAUAGAGUUGAACAUUUUUCCUUGAUGCUGAAAGAUCCAGAUCAACCAGAAAAUCCAAAGGUUUUAAGAGUAGCUAUAAUCGGUGCUCCAAAUGCAGGGAAAUCAACUCUGACCAACCAGCUCCUGGGCAAAAAGCUGUUUGCAACGUCCCAAAAAGUGCAUACUACAAGAUCUCGUGCACUUGGGGUGAUCACAGAGGACAAUACUCAAAUUAUUCUGCUGGAUACGCCUGGUCUCACUACUCCGUCUAAAGCUAAAAGACAUCAGCUGGAAAAGACCUUUCUUGUGGAUCCACUGAAAUCAUUACGACAGGCUGAUCUAGUGGUGGUGUUGGUAGAUGUCUCAGACAAGUGGACGCGUAGUAGGCUGGACUUUGAGGUGCUGAAGGGUCUGGCCAUGAACGCACACAUUCCUGCUGUCCUCGUUCUCAAUAAGGUGGACCUCCUGAAGAGCAAACCCUUGCUGCUGGACAUUACCGAAGAACUGACGGAGGGUAUCGUGAACGGCAAGAGGCUGAAAGUGCGCAGUUUAGUGAAGCCGUUCCAGAAGGAAACGCAAGAGAAGCAAACGGAAAAGACUGCAGGUCUGCAGAACGGAGAAGAGCACGUGACAAAUCCAGAAAAUCAGCUUCUAAAAGGCCCGGACAGAGAGCAGCUGAGGGCCCUGAAGAGCCGUAAAGGAUGGCCACACUUCAAGGAUGUCUUCAUGAUGUGUGCUACAGACGGCGAGGAUGUGCAGACGCUGAAGAGUUAUCUGAUGGUGGAGGCGAAGCCAGGUCCGUGGCAGUACCACAGUGCCGUACUCACCGAUCAGAGCCCAGAGGACAUCUGUACCAACACCAUCCGAGAGAAACUACUGGAGUAUCUUCCUCAGGAGGUGCCUUACACAGUGACCCAGUACAUUGAACUCUGGAGGGAAGCCGCCGACGGCAAUUUGGACAUAUCUGUCAAACUGCAUGUGAAAAAGGACAGCCACAUGAAAAUGGUGAUUGGUCCUGGGGGGCAGCUGAUAGCUCGAAUAGCCCGGGAAGCAGCACUGGACCUCAUGAACGCUUUCAUGUGUGAGGUGCGACUCAAAAUAUCUGCCACUCUGAAGAACUGAAGUGGAUCGAGCUCUGAUCUGCAAGUUUUCUGUUGGUGAAUUUGCUCUGGGAUCUGAAAAAACAAAACAAAAAAAACCCCUCCAGCAUGGAGUCCAGACUUUAACAAAGAAAACAAUUCGAGGCUUCAGUUUGUCUCGUGGACAGCAUGUGAACUGUCUUAUCUCUCACACAGCUCUGUGUAUAACAGUCACAUUUGGGACAGAGCCUGCUUUCUGAACUCAAGCUGCUGUUGCAGUGUCCUAGGACUUUUAGCCCCGAGUCUAUUUAUUAUUAGUAAGGUCUUUAUACAGAAUCUCAUUUUAGCAGCGGGAUACAUCAUGAAUAAAUCAGCAUUGUUCCAGAACGGCUGAAAAUGUGUCCUGGUCGGAAUUGCUGAUGAGGUUCAAGCAGAGUUGAGACACUUUACAGGGAACUUUUGCCUCUAAUGGUCUCAGUUCCUUAUCCAAGCUGUCCAGACCUGUUUUUGACCCCGGAUUCUCAUUCAGCUCGAUCAGAGAGCAGUCUUUCAAUCAUCCUGGUUGUUAUUUUGUCCACAUUAUUAAUUGUAAAUGAACUUUUUAGGUUAUAUAAUAAAACUGUAAUGUGAUGAUUGAUAUG